UCGUUCCUCCCUCAAACCCCUCGCCCUGCCCCUGCUCCACCCCGCCCCGCCUCUCUGGGGUAGUGCGCAGGCGCAGUGCCCUCCCCCAGAGGUUGCAUUCUGAUCGCUGGCUGCGGCAGCCGCUGCAGCAUCCUCUUCCUUGUCCUUCUCUACCGGUUGUCCCUUCUCCCGGACGGGCGGGGCCCGCAGCAGCCAGGAUGGCCGUGCCCUUGACCGACUGCGAGAAACGGAAGCAGAUCAGUGUUCGGGGCAUCGCCGGACUGGGCGACGUGGCCGAAGUGAGGAAGAGCUUUAACCGGCACCUCCACUUCACUCUGGUCAAGGACCGCAAUGUGGCCACUCCCCGAGACUACUUCUUCGCCCUGGCACACACGGUGCGUGACCACUUGGUGGGCCGCUGGAUCCGUACGCAGCAGUACUACUAUGAGAAGGACCCCAAGCGCAUUUAUUACCUUUCCCUGGAAUUCUACAUGGGCCGGACUCUACAGAACACGAUGGUGAAUCUGGGUCUUCAGAAUGCUUGUGAUGAAGCUAUUUAUCAGUUGGGAUUAGAUUUGGAAGAACUUGAAGAAAUAGAAGAAGAUGCAGGUCUUGGUAAUGGAGGACUGGGGAGACUGGCAGCUUGUUUCCUGGAUUCAAUGGCUACAUUGGGACUGGCCGCCUAUGGUUAUGGAAUCCGUUAUGAAUUUGGCAUUUUUAAUCAGAAGAUUAUCAAUGGCUGGCAGGUUGAAGAAGCUGAUGAUUGGCUACGUUAUGGCAACCCCUGGGAAAAAGCUCGCCCUGAAUAUAUGCUUCCUGUGCAUUUCUAUGGCCGAGUGGAACAUACUGCAGAUGGUGUGAAGUGGUUGGAUACUCAGGUGGUGCUUGCAAUGCCUUAUGAUACUCCAGUGCCAGGAUACAAAAAUAACACUGUUAACACGAUGAGGCUGUGGUCUGCUAAGGCACCCAAUGAUUUCAACCUUCAGGAAUUUAAUGUGGGGGACUAUAUUGAAGCUGUUCUGGAUAGAAAUUUGGCUGAAAACAUCUCCAGAGUCUUGUACCCAAAUGAUAAUUUUUUUGAAGGAAAAGAGCUCCGGCUGAAGCAAGAAUACUUUGUGGUGGCUGCUACUCUCCAAGACAUCAUUCGUCGCUUCAAAUCUUCCAAGUUUGGCUGCCGGGAUCCAGUGAGAACCUGUUUUGAAACUUUCCCAGACAAGGUUGCCAUUCAGCUCAAUGAUACCCACCCAGCACUCUCUAUUCCAGAACUCAUGAGAAUUCUAGUGGAUGUUGAAAAAGUAGAUUGGGAUAAGGCCUGGGAGAUCACCAAAAAGACAUGUGCCUACACCAACCACACUGUCCUACCUGAGGCUCUGGAGCGGUGGCCUGUCACAAUGUUUGAGAAGUUACUGCCCAGACACCUGGAGAUUAUCUAUGCUGUCAAUCAGAAGCACUUGGAUAAUGUAGCUGCCAUGUUUCCUGGGGAUGUGGAUCGGCUGAGGAGGAUGUCUGUGAUUGAGGAGGGAGACUGUAAGAGGAUUAACAUGGCCCACCUUUGUGUAAUUGGAUCCCAUGCUGUCAAUGGAGUAGCAAGAAUCCACUCAGAAAUUGUGAAGCAGUCUGUUUUUAAAGAUUUUUAUGAACUAGAGCCAGAAAAGUUCCAGAACAAGACAAAUGGCAUUACUCCCAGACGGUGGCUCCUGUUGUGCAAUCCAGGCCUGGCAGAAGUCAUUGUGGAGAAAAUUGGAGAAGAUUUUCUCACAGAUUUAAGCCAGCUGAAGAAGCUUUUGCCGUUGGUCAAUGAUGAAGCAUUCAUCAGAGAUGUAGCCAAAGUCAAACAGGAAAACAAAUUGAAGUUUUCUGCCUUCCUAGAGAAAGAAUACAAAGUGAAAAUUAAUCCCUCCUCAAUGUUUGAUGUUCAUGUGAAGAGAAUCCAUGAGUACAAAAGACAGCUGUUGAACUGCUUACAUAUCAUCACUCUGUACAACCGAAUAAGGAAAGACCCAAGCAAAUCCUUUGUUCCAAGAACCGUUAUGAUUGGGGGAAAGGCUGCUCCCGGCUAUCACAUGGCUAAGAUGAUCAUCAAGUUGGUUACAUCCAUUGGCGAUGUUGUGAAUCAAGAUCCAAUUGUAGGAGACAGGCUUAAAGUGAUCUUCUUAGAGAAUUAUAGAGUGUCCUUCGCUGAAAAAGUGAUUCCUUCAGCUGACCUGUCACAGCAAAUCUCCACUGCUGGUACAGAGGCCUCAGGCACAGGGAACAUGAAAUUUAUGCUGAAUGGCGCCCUCACUAUUGGGACCAUGGAUGGUGCCAACGUGGAGAUGGCCGAAGAAGCCGGUGAAGAGAAUCUGUUCAUCUUCGGGAUGAGGGUGGAUGAUGUCGAAGCCUUAGACAAGAAAGGGUACAAUGCCAAGGAGUACUAUGACCGCAUCCCGGAGCUGAAGCAAGUGAUGGACCAGAUCAGCAGCGGAUACUUCUCUCCUAAAGAUCCUGACUGCUUCAAGGAUGUCGUGAACAUGCUCAUGUAUCAUGACAGGUUUAAAGUGUUUGCUGACUAUGAAGCCUAUAUUGAAUGCCAAGCAAAAGUGGACCAGUUAUAUAGGAAUCCCAAAGAAUGGACAAAGAAAGUCAUCAAGAAUAUCGCUUGCUCUGGGAAAUUUUCCAGUGAUAGAACAAUCACUGAAUAUGCCAGAGAGAUAUGGGGUGUUGAGCCCUCAGAUGUGAAGAUCCCGCCCCCCAACAUCCCCAGGGAGUAGCUUGUCCUGUCCAUGGGGCACUGUUGGUCACGGCAGUCUCAUGGAUUCAAGAUGGAAGUGCUUCUGGGUUCUAGUUAACUUCGCACCUAAUGCAGUUUGCAGUUAUUUACCACCAGUGGGAUGGCCUUGUCUUUAUAAAAUAGUAUUUCCCAGAGGAGGGAAGGAAGUGAUAGUGGCUUGAGGGGGAAAAAAUGGGGGCGAUUUAUGCCUUUGCUUCCAAGAUAGUGAGAGGUAGCUUAGGUGCUGGGUGCUUUGAGAGUUUGUGCAUGUCCUUCCUAUUUUUCCUCCUUCCCUCCCACCCCCCAAAAAGCAGCUUUGUGAAGACAGAAAACUCCUCAGUAAAGUGAGUAUUCACUAGGUAGCCAGAUGGAUGGAGUAGCUACUCUGCCAGCGUUAUCUCGCUUGCUAGCAUGCAUAGUUCUUGGGUUGCUUCCGACUGUCCCUCCAGAAGACUCGCGCACUGUCUGGUAGCCGGUUUGGAUUCUUUAGCUCCAGCUGCUGGGCUCUGCAUUGCCGCACUUGUUUUCAAAUGAAAAUGGUCUCGAUGAGAUAGAAAAAUGUGCACUUCAGCCAAAGCAAUGGCCAGUUGGCUCCAGGAGUGCAUAUUAGAAGCAGCAAUGGUUGUCAGGCUCUUUUGAAAAUGAUUCAGCCUUUGUUAUGUACACACACACACACACACACACUCUCUCUCUCUCUCUCUCUCUCUCUCUCUCUCUCUCUCUCUCUCUCUCUCUCUCUCUCUCUCUCUCUCUCUCUCACCCUAUAGGAACAUGAAAUCUUUAAUAUCUCCACAAACUGUCUUAGUCUAUGUAGUCUUCUCAUCUUUGUGUGUGAAUGGCCAGGAAAGGGAAUAGUUCUGCCUCAAGAAUUGAUGUCUGUUUUUUUUAAGCCAACUUCAUUCAAAGUCAAGAUCAUGGCAAGACAGAAAAUAACAAGCAUUUUUCCCUUUUAAAAAAAAAUAUUAAAAGGUGAAUUUCUGGCCACAUACCAUGAUGCCAAAAUGUAAAAAAUUCUACUUUGCAGGCCAGGGACUCCGAGGGAAAGAAGACCUUUUCUAAGUGUGUCUGUUGGCUAGAGAGCAUCCUUCUUUCCUGAACAGAUAAAACGCUUAUUCAAAUUCCAGAUCCUCUUUGUACCUGGGCAGUGGCCGUGUAACCUUCUCUGUCAUCAAGAAGGCAUUAGUGACUUAAGCUACAAUUUUUCUAUAAGAUUGAGAUGCUAAUAUUAGGCGGGGAGAUAGAUUUAGCAACAUUAAGGACUCCCCAUUUCCUACCUUCUCAUGUCUUGUUUUUCUUUCUAGUUGAAGGCAGAUGGGAGUCCAUAUUGGUUAUAAAGAAACGUCCCCGGAAUUUAUUGAAAAUACAUGAGGUUCUUGUAGGUAAAAUUAAAAACAAAAAAACUCUUUAACCUUCCAUCUUAGAAUCAGUACUCCAUAUUGGUUCCAAGGCAAAAGAAUGGCGAGAAGUAAGCAAUGAGGGUUAAGAGACUUGUCCAGGGUCACACAGCUAGGAAGUAUCUGAGGUCACAUUUGAACCCAGAACCUCUAUCUCUGGUUCUCAAUCCACUGAGCCACCUAGCUGCUCCCUAUUGUUGUUAUAAUUUUGCUGUUGCCAAAUACACAUUCUCUUGGCCUUUCCUGAUCAUAUUCUACAAGUAAAUUAAGAUCCGACACAGCUGUAGCUUCAUGUGGGUUCAAGGCCAGCAAAUGAAUAAGGAAACAUGGAACCUUAUAGCUUGAGAGAGGCCCGCUUGAUCCCCAAACCACAACUCCGGUAUCUACCGGUCCUUUCUUUGGUGGUUCACCUGCAUUUGGAUGGUUGUAAUCUGGGCUAGCAUGUCCUAGAAGUGUCAAAAACGGAGCAAGGUGAAGGACGAGGCCCCACUGAAUAUAAACGUGUACGUCUUUUAAGGACAAGGCUAUUCAACUGAACAUUAGUACUAUUUUUUUUUCAUUAAUAAGGAACUGAAACUAAGGUUUUUUCUUCAUCAACUGAAAAUGGCACUUUUUAGCUAAAGAAAAAUUAUUUUCCAUUAAUAUAUUAAACUUGUCUCAACACUAGUGAGCCCCACUCAGACCCCGAGCAACGAUUGUUUUCAUCAAGUGUACUAGAGUAUGCCUUAUGGCUAAGGAUGGUGCAGGACUUCCCUGAGAAGAGGAGCUGGACCCCCACUUCCUAUUGGCUCACAUCUGGGGCUUUUAGCCAAACAAAAUUGGCUUCUCCUUUAAAUCUAUUUUCAGAGCAGUUAGAUAGUACGACAGUUUUUCCUGUAGUGGAAGAGGAAAUACAGCUGAAUGGUCUUCCUUUUUCCCAUUGAAGGAUUAUAAUUAAAAUCAAAUAAUUGCAAGUAUUAUGAGAUUUAUUAUUAAUCACUCGAAGUAGAAGAAAUAGAACAAAAGUAAAAAGUUUUCCCGAUCAUGUUAGCUGGAGAAGAGACGAAGCGGGCUUACAGAAACUUAUCUCCAGAACAUAAGGACAAAAGUGGGAUUCUGGGGAAUAGAGUCCUGGGGUACAAAAUUCUAAUUACCCGUCUUCAUUCAGGUCUGGAGAGACUGUGAUUAGAAAGCGAGUCGGAGGUGUGUGUUUGUUCUGUCCUAUUUUCUAGUCUCCCUGUUGAAUGGCCAAGACCAAAGCCUUCUCUGUUGCUAGUACAUCAUCCUGUUCGCUGAGAGUGGGGUGAGGAGGGACAGGCCUCCCUGGCUACGAGCAGGGGUCCGAGAACACUCUCAGAGUAGAUCUCUCUCCGAUUAGUUUUCCCAGAGUCGUUUGUCUGCACAAGGUGUGGGGAAAGCUGCGGAGCUUCACUGGAAACAGCCGGUUAUUGGAUCAAACUUCGACUAAUUCCCUAGUUGUCGAGCGUAUUCCUGGAGGCUUCCUUCCUUGCAUGCUGGGUGUGUGGAUGCCCGUUCCCUUCCCGUCUGUCUCUUGUUUGGGGUAGCCCUUUAACAAGCCAGGCCCUUAGGAUGCCCCUGCUGGGCUCGGUUUAGGAGGGAGACCAAAGCCCUAACGUUUUCCACCCUGGCUAGAUUCUGUGUUGUGUAUUCCAUUAAGCGAGCACCGUGUGUGUGUGAAAUCACCGUCUGUAGUGGAUCACUGUGACUACCCUUGUGUGUGAGAAGUGAUUAAACAGUUAUGCCAAUGGCUAAUUGGACACACA